AUGAAUGGCUCUGAGUUCUCGGUGCAUCUUGUACUCCGCCCUUCCCCGGCAAACUCUUCGGACUCCACUAGGACUGUCACAAACGCCUCGUACCAUUCUAAUCGUGCCGAUGCUCCCAGCGACAACCAACUGAGAAGCCCCGAAACACACGCGCCACAACUGAGGUACAGGGAGCCCAAUCCCUUGAGGCGGGAUGAGGUUGCGCAGUCUUUACACGAGAACGCCACUCGUCGCCUGGCCGAAUUACAACACGACAAUGCCCAUUCCCGGUUUCCUUGGCUGAGACGCUCGCAACUGAUGUCGACGCAGCAGCUUCAUCGGCCGCCCUCGUAUAUGCCAGGGCCAAUGGGCACAGCUGCCCCAACAUCAUUACCCUUUGCCCCUCUGCCAAACCUCCCGCUCGCGGACUUUGGGGAUGACAUUCAGCUUCCCGAAGAGACCCGAGCGCGCCUGAGGCUGCUUAAACAGUAUAUCAGCCUGGCAGAAGAACAGAUAAAUUGCGGGAUCGCACCGUCGUUAGACCACGUAAUUCAGUUGCGCACGCACCUGUUCAGGUUACUCGACGAUCAGCUUAGACUGGACCCGUCCGAACGCGGCGAAUUCAUUGAGCCAUUAAUCACCAGGGUUUUUGACAUCUCCACUCGUGCGGAUGAGCUCCGUCGGCGUCAUCUGUUCCCCGACUCUCGCUUUUCGAAUAGACCGACGCCUCCAUUGUAUCUUGUCUCGUCACCUAAUGGCUAUCAAGCCGUAUGCGCACCUUCAGUUGGAACGGAUGGAACGCGAACACCAGGUACAGUUCGUACAGUCGAAACAACUGAGGGGCAACAAGCCAAUUUACAGCCAAAUGCAGAUGCAGUCGUUAUGGAGAAUGUCGUCCGCGCGGCCGUACUGAACCAGCGGCCUGUAGCUGAUGGCCAGUUCGGCUUGGGACGAAACCUACGACGUCUGUGGUUGUUUAUGCGGCUUUACUUUUUCUGUCACAUGUUCAGUCAGCCUGGCUCCCAGACGCGGUUGCUCUAUGUAACUUUAUCUGUGAUCGCCGCAAUUCUCUCAGAAACUAGCGUCCCAAACCGGGUGUACGAGAUGAUUCUCGUUCCUGUUCAGCGGCAUCUGGAAGGGCUAGUACAUUUUACACCGGAGGAGCAAGUACCGCCGCGCCCACAUGGUGCAGAAGCAACAAGCGGCAGAGCUGCAACUGAUCGACAAGUUGGGGUACAUCCUGGUCGCGACGCACGACGAGCAGGCGGUCUAUACCAUAAUCUACGAAGAGUGGAGCGGUCAGCGGCUCUCUUUAUUGCCAGUCUAGUACCUGGCGUGGGAGAGAGGCAUAUUGAGGUACGGAAUGCUGCCGAGGCUGCGCGAAAUGCUGAGCUGGCGCGACAGGUGGAAGAGAGACGUCGGCAGGAAGAAGCAGCAGCAGCAGAUGCAGCGACUGCAGAGGAGACAAGUGGUGAGCAGCGUGCUCAAGCUACCACCGAGGCUGAAGCGAAUGAACCUCAACCCGUGAUACCCCAAGAAGUACACUGA